AUGGUUGGCGGCAACGCAGCCGGGGACCAAAAUAGGUUUAUUGAUGCCGCCCUCGCCGCCGGUGUGAAGAGAUUCGUCCCGAGCAAGUUUGGGCCAUAUUCGCGGGACCCCAAGUUUUCGGAGCUGAUGCCGGCUGUUUUACCGGCUAAAGCAGGCCGGGCUUUAGGCUUCGACCUCGCUUCCAAGACGGUCACAUUUAUCGACGGGGGGACGUCGGUGGUCACUACCACCACGUUAUCCACAGUCGGCAAGGCGCUGGUUGCGAUGCUUGAACAUCCAGACGAGACAAAGAACACUUAUGUCUUCGUGUCGUCCUUCAAUAUCAGCCAACGAGAUAUCCUAGAAGUAGUCGAGAUGGUCGACGGCCAGAAGUGGACUAUAAAGCACAUUACACCUGAGGAGGUGAUCGCUAGUGGCAAGAGGAAGCUUGCAGCCGGGGAUUUCGCAGGAAUCAUGGAUUUGGUCCGGGGUGGAGCAUGCGGUAAACAGGGUCUGGGCGACUCAAGACCGUACGGCCUUUGGAACAACCAGUUGGGGCUACCAAAGGAAGAUAUCGAGAAAGCUAUUAGAUAUGUGUUCUAUGGGGUAUAA